GAAUAUAUCUUUCUUUUUCUCAUUUCUUGUUUUCCCAUGUCUCUUCCCAUCUUCCACCAAAAAAACAAAGUACAAAGGGAAUGAUAAAAAAGAACAACACCCAUUUCACCCCUUCACAAAAUUUGAUCUCCAAGAUUUGUUCAAUUUCUCUAGGGUUCUUGAAUUUCAUGGAAUUCAACUGUUCUAUUUGUGUUGUUAUUGUUGUACUUUUGGUGUGUACUUCUUUAGUCAGUGGUGGUGAUAUAGUUCAUCAGGAUAGUGUUGCUCCAAGUCGCCCUGGUUGUAACAAUAAUUUUGUUCUGGUAAAAAUUCCGAUUUGGGUUGAUGGUAUAGAAGUAACAGAGUUUGUUGGUGUUGGGGCUCGAUUUGGCCCGACAUUGGAAUCAAAGGAGAAGCGUGCCAAUCAGACAAGGCUGGCCUUUGCAGAUCCUCCGGAUUGUUGUAGCAAACCUAGGAAUACGCUCACUGGUGAGGCCAUCCUGGUGCACCGAGGCAAUUGCAGUUUCACUACCAAAACAAACGUUGCAGAAGAUGCUGGUGCUUCAGCUAUCCUCAUAAUAAACAACCAAACAGAGCUCUUCAAGAUGGUUUGUGAACCUGAUGAAGCUGACCUGGACAUUGGUAUCCCUGCUGUUAUGCUCCCACAACAUGCUGGCACAAGCCUGAUACAGUUUCUUGGAAACAGCUCUUCUGUUUCUGUGCAGCUUUACUCUCCAAAGCGCCCAACAGUGGAUGUAGCUGAAGUAUUUUUAUGGCUUAUGGCUGUUGCUACCAUAUUGUGUGCUUCUUAUUGGUCUGCAUGGCGUGCCAGAGAAGCUGCAAUUGAGCAGGACAAGCUCUUAAAAGAUGGCUCAAAUGAAUGCAAUGGUACAGAGAUGUCUCGUUCCGGUGUUGUGCUGGAAAUCAGCAUUAUAUCAGCACUUCUGUUCGUGGUGGUUGCAUCCUGCUUCUUGAUUAUGCUUUACAAAUUGAUGUCCUCCUGGUUUAUAGAGGUUCUAGUGGUUCUGUUCUCCAUUGGGGGUGUUGAGGGUCUACAAACUUGUUUGGUCGCUUUGCUAUCAUGUUUCAGAUGGUUUGAGCGCUUUGGAGAGUCCUUCGUUAAAAUUCCUUUUCUGGGGCCUGUUUCAUAUCUGACGCUGGCGAUUUCUCCAUUCUGCAUAGUCUUUGCAGUUCUGUGGGUAGUUUACCGUCGUAUCUCCUUUGCUUGGAUAGGUCAAGAUAUACUCGGUAUUGCAUUGAUCAUCACCGUUCUCCAGAUUGUGCAAGUUCCCAACCUCAAGGUGGGAACAGUUCUUCUAACCUGUGCUUUAUUGUAUGACCUUUUUUGGGUGUUUCUUUCCAAACCGUUGUUUCAUAAGAGUGUGAUGAUAGUGGUUGCACGCGGUGAUAAAAGUGGAGAAGAUGGCAUUCCUAUGCUACUGAAAAUUCCACGGAUGUUUGAUCCUUGGGGUGGCUACAGUAUCAUCGGGUUUGGCGACAUAAUUUUACCAGGUUUACUGGUAGCAUUUUCCUUAAGGUACGACUGGCUGUGUAAUAAGAAACUUCGAGAAGGCUACUUCCUUUGGGCUAUGUUUGCUUAUGGUUUAGGUUUGCUCACGACAUAUGUGGCUCUAAAUUUGAUGGAUGGUCAUGGUCAACCUGCGUUGCUUUACAUUGUUCCAUUUACACUAGGCACAUUUUUGACGCUGGGAAAGCAAAGAGGUGAUCUCAAGCAUCUAUGGACAAGAGGAGAACCAGAUAGACCUUGCCCGCAUGUCCGGCUUCAACCAGAGUAACUAGAUAGUAGACGAGCCAUCGAUUGAAUCACCUAUAACUCUGAUAUCUCCAAAUAGGAGCUGGGUAUAUAAGAGAAAUUUGUACAAGAGGGUUGAAUUCUGAAGAUUGCAGGAUACUUAAGUAGGCUGCUUUGGUGUGAACGCCAAGUAGAGACUUUAUGGCUAAGCAGCAAAGCUGAGAUGUAGUGCCUGUAGAUUAAGUAGAAUUGCAAAGACAUGUGUACUGCCUGUGCACCUCACCUUGUAGUUUGACAAGCAAAUCCGUCACCAUCAGGCAGUAGGCGUAAUAGCUUCUUCGGAGGGAAACCCGUGUGCAGUAAUUUCAUCUUAUAGUAGGAAAGACAACUUUUGUAUGAUAGAACUUGCAUUAGCUGACAUUAUGCAACUUCAAAAAUACUGGAUGUACUAACUUGGCGGCUAUUCUUGAACAGCAGGUGUUAUUUACUCAUAUUAUGGUGUUGUUUCU